CAAAUGUCAAAGUUCGGCAACUGGGCGUGAGAAGGAACUUAGAACGGCUACAAAUUGGUAACGUUUUCCCUAACAGGGAAAGCAGGAUUACCAACCAUUUCUGCUGCUGUAUUUGAACCUUCAGAAUAAGAGUUAUGACCCGCAGUCAAACCAAGUUAGCAUUCAUUAUUCAGAGCACAAGUAGAAUUGAUUAGAUUCAGAUUGGAAGAACCAUCUGCUCUCACCAAUGGAUUUUUUAGAGAACAACCGUGAACAGCUUAUUCAAAGAAUGGAGAUGGCAACCAUCAAGAAAAUUGUAGACUGUCUUUUUGCAAAAUCUGUUUUGUCACAUGAAGAAAAAGAUAGUAUCCUUUGCCAAAAAGUAACGCAGGAUGCGUCAAGAAAAUUGACAUGCUCCAUUUUGGAAAAAGGUAGUGAAGCCUGUGAUAUUUUGGUGAGAUCACUGGAGAAAAUAGAUUUUUUCCUUUUUAAGAAACUACAGGGAAGCCAUACAGAUGGACAAGUUACACGACAAGAUGUUGAUUACUUAGCUCAGGAUUUAAGUAACCUAUAUAGGAACCCGUCCUUUAAACGUUUUCAUCCACUGGGCGAAGAAAUUGAUAUCAUCUUUGAUUUGAAGAAUACCUAUACAGAUAUCUUGCUUUGGAAGAAAGAUAUCCAUAAUUUCCGCUUGGCGCAAAUGACUUUAAAUACCCUUUUAGAUGAACUUGAAAGCCCCUGUAUCAUAGAGGGGGAAGCUGGGAAAGGAAAAACGACUCUCCUCAAAAAGAUUGCUUUACUCUGGGCUAAUGAAGAUCAUCCUUCUCUGAUGAGGUUCCAACUUGUCUUCUUCAUCAGCCUGAGUGGGGUAGAGGCAGGCCUAUACGAGACCAUAUGUGAGCAACUUCUUAAGAAGAACUAUAGAAUAUGUAAAGAAGACUUUAUGAAGAUAUUAGAAUUGCUAGCAGAAAAAGUCCUUUUCCUUUUAGAUGGGUAUGAUGAAUUCAAGUCCCAGAGCUGCCCAGAAAUAGAAGCACUGAUAAAAAGCCAUAAAUCCAAGAACACAGUUAUUGUUACUACAAGGACCGAGUCAAUUCGAAGACUGAGGCUGUUUGGGUCACUGAUUGCUGAGACAGGCGAUCUAACCGUGGAAAGUGCAAAAACACUAGUUACAAAUGUUUUGAAAGAAGCCACAUUAGCUGAGGGCCUACUGUCUCAGUUGGAGAGUUUAGAGUCCACUUUUCAGAAUUCUGGGACUCAGCUGGAGAACCUGAUGAGGACACCUUUAUUUGUGAUUAUUGCUUGUGCCAUCCAAAUGGGAGAAUCCACUUUUACUCCACAUACACAAACCACUCUGUUCUCCACCCUAUACAAUUUGUUAGUAGGGAAAAACAAGCACAAGAUCAGAGGGACAAGUGACAAACAUUUUCGGCUCAGCCUAAUUCACUGUGGAAAUUUGGCUUUGGAUGGAAUCUUUGAGCAAAAAUUUGUUUUUCAUCCCGAUGAUUUUUCCAGUGUGAAAGAACAAGUGUUGUUAUCUAUGGGCCUUAUGCACAAGUACACAGCUCAGAGACUAAAAGAAGCAUAUACAUUUUUUCAUAAAUCUUUCCAAGAAUAUAUUGCAGGUAGAAGACUUUCCAGGCUAUUGAGAUCCAAUAGCGAUGAGGAAGUAACCAGAGGAUUCCAUUAUCUCCAAAGAAUUGGGAGUUUUUCGGAUAUAAUUACUACUUAUCACAGUUUGCUUUUGUAUACCUGUGGAUCGUCUUCUGAAGCCACCCAAAAAAUUGUCAGCCAUUUAUCAGCCAUUCAUCAGAAGGGUAGUCUUUUUGGAUUGCCUUUUGCUCGUGAUUUAUUUCCAGAAGAACCCAAAAAAUAUGAACAAAUUGCUGAAGAAGAAGAAGGCUUAAUAGCAACUCGGGAAAAUUCAUUUGUGGAGUGCGUUAUUAGAUUUCUUUAUGAAAGUAUCUCUGAAACAACAGUAAAGGAGGAGUUUGAGGAAUUUUUCCAUGAUAAAAAAUUGUACAUCAAUACCCAGAGGAUUCCUACCUAUGUCUCUGGGUUUUUUGACUAUUUUUCUAAUUGUGUAAGUAUGUUAGAAGUCAUCAAAUUAGACUUUUUUGGUACUUCAUCAGCUACAAGGACAGCAUGGAAAACUGUCAUCCCCGAAAAGGCAGUGUCCUUAUUCUUCAACUGGGAUCGAAAGCUCAAAGGUUUAGAAAUUGCCUUAAAAGAUUUCAAUCAAUUAGAGAAAGGUGAUAUUAAGUAUCUGGAAAAAAUAUGUUGCUCUGCCUCAAGUCUGAGACUGAUUAUCAACAAAUGUCCUGGCCUCACAGGAAAGUUGAGGGAAGUCCUCAAUAGCUGCACAAAUCUGCAGGAUCUUAUUGUAGAGUCCACGCCUCUUAGCAUGGAAGAUGAGCAACAGAUAACUAAAAUGAUGGUACUGAAAACUAUAAAGGUAAAAGACCUGCAGAGUGAAAACCAGCAUGGGGGCCUUCUUGAUGGAAUAUCUAUCCUUGCCAAUGUGGAAAAAAUUAUAUUUGAUAAUGUCAAGAUGAAUGAGAACACUGCUGACAAAUUAGCUGAAGGCUUAAAGAAUUUGAAAAAGUUGAAUUCAUUGCAAUUGAAAGAGCUUACAAAUAUUGGAGAUGGAAUGAUAAGUAUAGUAAAAUCAAUAUCCUUAAAUCUUCGAGAACUAGAAGAAAUUUAUUUGGUUAACUGCUGCAUUUCUGCGACUGCUGUAGAAAUUCUCGUUCAGAAUAUUGGCAAUUUACCCAAACUUUCUGCACUUGAUUUAUCCAACAAUUUUUUGGGAAAUGGAGGAAAAGAAGCUCUUUGUCAAUUAGUUGAAAGCUUAAAUGUCCUACCAAAGAUGAAAAUUCUGAUGUUCCCUUGGGUGGAUGAAGUGAAUGUUUGCCUUGUUAAGUUAGAAGAGUUAAAGAGAAUGCCACGGUUGACCAAACUUGGGCUAAAGAAAUGGAGAACAACCAACUCUGAGGCCAUAAUUCUCAGUACCCUUUUUGCAAAAGCAUCUUUGGCGGACCUCCAGCAUCUGGACAUGGCAGAGACUUGCCUGACAAGUGAGGGGUGGCUCACUAUCUUGAAGGCAUUAACUCAUCUCAAGAAGUUGACAUUUCUAGACUUCAGCCAAGAACGAGGCUUCACACCCUCUGCCCUGUUAGUCUUGACACUGGCCCGCCUAAUAAACCAGUUGGUUUCUUUACAAGAGAUUGAUCUGACUGGCUGGCAGUUUGAUACACAUGAGCUGCAAGAAAUUAACAAAGCAAAGGAAAGUCAUAGGAAUGAGUUGCAAGUAAUAGUUUCUUCAAUCAAGCCAUUUCUGGAUACAAUAAUUUGAUCAUUCCCAGAGCCCUAAUGAAGUGCAUUUCUAUGUAUCUGGAUCUUAAUAUGAAGAACCUACAGAUGGGAAAGACUUAUAAAUGAGGGGCAAAAAACACUCCAGAAUAUACACUUGAAAUCAGCAAAAAAAUGUGAAAUAUUUCAAAAAAGCACAAGCAAGCUUUUAAAAAAUGUGGAAGGAAAGCUGGUGUUAUACAAGUUCUCUUUAUCUGGAUUUUAAUAUAUCAUAUUAUAAUGUAUAAACAAUUAUAAUAUUCUUUGUUUUUUAAUAAUAAGAAUGAAUCUAUUUUGAAAGACAAAUCUAAUACUGUCAGUAUAAACAAGAUUAUGUCUGCACAUUUUC